AUGUUGAAGACAUAUCUUCAAGUAUCAAUGGAUGAUCUUCAUGUUGUCUAUGAAAAAAUUUCUUUGGUGUUAGAAAACCAAUACCAAGAAAUUAAAACCAAAUCUUCUCAAGAGUUAAUUCAGAUACCUCAGCAUCUAAUGCAAUAUCCAAAAAUCCAUUACAGCCUUGUAGUCAUAUCUUUAGUUCAUCAAUGGGUCUACCUUGUUUUUACACAAUUCGGAAGCUCCUUGACACUGAUAAAUAUUUACAGCUCGACAACUUUCAUCAACACUGAACCAUCUAAAACUGAAUAUUCAUUAAAUCAAAAAUGGGAAGAUUAUAAUCAACAAUUUAAUUCUUUAUCACUUUACCAAAAAAGUGUAGUUCUGAAGAGAAUGUCAAGCACAUUUCAAGAAUCAACUGUAAUUGUACAAGAUCCAGAGGUGCAAUCCACAAGAGGAUGUCUAGUAGGUGCAAAAAACUAUUUUCAAUCAUCCACUGCAAGAGAUCUAUCCACCUUUGAGUUGAUUAUAUCAAGAAAAUGUAGUAUAUGUUGUGAAAUUGGGCAUAAUAGUAGAACAUGUCCUAAUACUGAAAGCUUAGAUGAAAAUAGUAAUAACAGGAAAUGCGGUAUAUAUCAUAAGACUAGGCACAAUAGUAGAACAUGCUCUAGUAUUAAAAGUUCAGAUGAAAGUAGUAAAAGUUUGGAUGAAAGUAGUGAGGAUAGUUAG